AUGCACGGCAGCUACCCCAUCACUGGUGAAGAGCAGCCAUUGCCGCCUGCACUGCCACCGCCGCCAUCGCCGUCGCCACUGCUGCCUCGAACCACCCAAGGCGUUGAGAACAUCGCUGCUGAAGAGAAACCGCUGCCGCUCACCACCGCAGGCGGCGGUGACAUCGUAGCUGAUGAAGAGCCACCGUCCCCCACUACCUUGGACAGUGGCAAGAUCAGUUAUUUCGAUGAGCUGCUGGCUCCCACCAUCUCUGCUGGCAGCUGCAACUACUUUUGUGAAGAGCCGCCGCUUCCGACCACCUUGUGCGGUGCUGAGCCGUUGCCUCCCACCGUCCUUGGCAGCGGUGACACUGAUGCCCCUGUUGACCCACUGCCACCCACCACCCCAGGCACUGGUAAUGUCAUAGCUGAUGACGAGCCACCAUCCCCCACUACCUUGGACAGUGGCAAGAUCAGUUAUUUCGAUGAGCUGCUGGCACCCACCAUCUCUGCUGGCAGCUGCAACUACCUUUGUGAAGAGCCGCCGCUUCCGACCACCUUGUGCGGUGCUGCUAACAUCAUUGCAGAUGAGACACUGCUCCCCACCAUCUUGGGGAUAUGUGAUGCAAGUGGUAAUGAAGAGCCGUUGCCUCCCACCAUCCUUAGCAGCGGUGACGCUGAUGCCCCUGUUGACCCACUGCCACCCACCACCCCAGGCACUGGUAAUGUCAUAGCUGAUGACGAGCCACCAUCCCCCACUACCUUGGACAGUGGCAAGGUCAGUUAUUUCGAUGAGCUGCUGGCACCCACCAUCUCUGCUGGCAGCUGCAACUACCUUUGUGAAGAGCCGCCGCUUCCGACCACCUUGUGCGGUGCUGCUAACAUCAUUGCAGAUGAGACACUGCUCCCCACCAUCUUGGGGAUAUGUGAUGCAAGUGGUAAUGAAGAGCCGUUGCCUCCCACCGUCCUUAGCAGCGGUGACGCUGAUGCCCCUGUUGACCCACUGCCACCCACCACCCCAGGCACUGGAAACGUCAUAGCUGAUGGCGAGCCACCAUCCCCCACUACCUUGGACGGUGGCGAGAUCAGUUAUUUCGAUGAGCUGCUGGAACCCACCAUCUCUGCUGGCAGCUGCAAUUACCUUUGUGAAGAGCCGCCGCUUCCGACCACCUUGAGCGGCGCUGCUAACACCGUCGAAGACGAGACACCUCUCUGCACCAUCUUGGGGAGCUGUGAAACAACUGGUUAUGAAGAGCAGCCGCCCCUCACCAUCUUUGGCGGCAGCAAGACCACCCCUGAAGUAUCUCUGUUGGUGCCUUUAGUGGAUGUUACACCAUCGCCCCUACAGGGCGUGCUUCUCACUGGCCCUCCCAGAAAGCAGGCCUUCCCUAAUCUUUGCACAAAGAAAAAAGCAUCUAAUCCGCCUCUUUGUCUUCGUGGGCCUCCACCUUUCACUGCCUUUAGGAACAAAAAGUAA